UUAGGACAAUUUGCCCAGCCGGUUGGGCCGGAGGCAGAGCGUUCGCGGAAGCGAGCACCAGAAGUACGAGCGCUCCCAAGAGAAAAAGGCGGAAGAAUCGGUGGAUGAAAUGACUUGGAACACUCCCUCGCUGGCCGUCGCCGCCCGGUUCACCCUCCUCGCCGUUCUGUCCGCCGGCACCGUCUAUUGCUUCUACAAGUCCCGCCGCCUCAGGAAGCUCGCCUUCCAAAACCCUAACCCUAAGCUGUCUCCUGCCAGAGGCAAGCUCUUCUUCGUCUCCCAAACUGGCACUUCCAAAGCCCUAGCUCAAAGGCUGUUCGAUUUCCUCACUGCCAAAGGUCUCGCAUUUGACCUCGUCAAUCCGCAGGAUUACGAGCCGGAGGAUCUGCAUAGAGAAACCCUAGUCGUGAUCGUCGCUUCCACUUGGGAGGACGGAAAGCCGCCUCCGAACGGCAGUUUCUUGGCCGAUUGGUUGUCGGAGAGCGCCGACGAUUUCAGAGUCGGAUCUUUGCUGCUGAGUAAGUGCAAGUUCGCCGUGUUCGGCGUCGGGAGCCGGGCGUACGGCGAGACAUUCAACGCCGUUGCCAAGGAGUUCUCGAGGCGGCUGCGGGCGCUCGGGGCGGCCGAGAUUUUGCCUGUCCGGGAGGGGAAUGUUGAUGAGGGUGAUCUGGAUGAGGUGUUCGAUGGUUGGAGUGCGAAGUUAAUUAGAGCUCUGAAAGGUGGGGCCUUAGAAAAUGGGGGCUCUGUUGGAUGUAAGGAUGAUAAUGAGAGCGAGUUUGAGGUAAUUAGCGAGUCAGAUGAUGAUGAUGCAGAAGACAAUGGGGAGGAAUCAGGGAUUGUUGAUCUUGAGGACAUAGCCGGAAAAAUUCCUCCUAGAAAAUCAACCACAGUGGUUCAAUCCAAUGGAAAAUUGAAUGGUGAAAAAGAGAUGGUGACCCCUGUGAUCAGAGCAAACUUGGAGAAGCAGGGAUAUAAAAUCAUUGGUUCACAUAGUGGUGUUAAACUCUGCAGAUGGACCAAGUCGCAACUUAGAGGGCGUGGAGGUUGCUACAAGCACUCAUUUUAUGGCAUUGAAAGUCAUAGGUGCAUGGAGGCUACUCCAAGCUUGGCAUGUGCCAACAAAUGUGUUUUUUGUUGGAGACAUCACACAAAUCCUGUAGGGAAGAGCUGGCAGUGGAAAAUGGAUAAUCCUUUAGACAUUGUAAACUCUGCAAUAGAUCUGCAUACAAAAAUGAUAAAGCAAAUGAGAGGAGUUCCAGGUGUUAAACAGGAGCGCUUAUCAGAAGGCCUUUCUCCAAGACAUUGUGCAUUAUCACUUGUUGGUGAACCUAUUAUGUACCCUGAGAUUAAUUCACUUGUAGAUGAGCUUCAUCGGAGGCGUAUUUCUACUUUCCUUGUAACAAAUGCACAGUUCCCAGAAAAGAUUAAGAUGCUGAGACCUGUCACCCAGUUAUAUGUAAGUGUAGAUGCUGCAACAAAAGAGAGCUUGAAGGCAAUUGAUAGGCCACUGUUUAGUGAUUUCUGGGAGCGAUUUGUUGAUUCUUUGAAGGCUCUCAUGGAGAAGCAGCAGCGAACUGUUUACCGUUUGACGCUGGUUAAAGGGUGGAAUACAGAGGAUGUAGAUGCCUAUUCUAGUCUCUUUGCUAUUGGGAAUCCUGAUUUUGUGGAAAUUAAAGGAGUUACCUAUUGUGGAUCGUCUGCUACAUCAAAGUUGACAAUGGAGAACGUUCCCUGGCAUUCUGACGUGAAAGCUUUUUCAGAGGCUUUAGCUCAGAAGAGCGGAGGGACUUAUGAGGUUGCUUGUGAGCAUGCCCACUCAUGUUGUGUUCUCUUGGCAAAAGUGGAUAAGUUCAAGAUUAACGGCCAAUGGUUCACGUGGAUAGACUACGAAAAGUUUCACGAUCUGGUUGCUAGUGGAAGACCUUACGACAGCAAGGACUAUAUGGCUGCCACACCAUCUUGGGCGGUCUAUGGAGCUGAUGAGGGUGGGUUUGAUCCAGAGCAAUCUCGAUACAGAAAGGAACGGCAUCACAAAUCAAGUCGCUAACUGUGAGCUUGGGCUGUCUAUGGGAGCCAAAGAAGGUAGCUUUGAUCCUUCACUCUCAGCACAUAUAAGAAUGACAACAUAAAUCAACUACUGCGCAUUCUGAAAUUUUCACCAUCGAUACAAAAGGGUCGAGUGCAGGAAUACUGCAGUCAAGCACGGUACGUAUUCGUGUUGCCCCUGUUUUCUCAGCCGGCAUUAUGUUUUACCAUAUUUAGUUUCCUUAUGGAGCAGUUGUUAACCAAGGAAGAAGAGGGGCUAAAAGCCUGCAGCAGAUGUUUUGAGCAUUAGAGGAAGGUAGGUGGAGGAUGGCAAAGUGUCUUGUGUGUGGCAUAUCCCAAAAAGUUGACGUUGGGAGUGGGGUCAUUUUUACACGCAGUAUAGUUUUAGUUUUAUAAAGAAGUUGUUUUCACGACUCAAAAUCGUGAUUUUUCGAUCAUCGUCUUUUUGUGGUACAUUUUAUAUAUGAAAGGGGGGAAUUUGAAUUCAGGUAAGCUUGUCAGUCUCAGAUGUCGGUUUUGAUUUAGGGAGCGUUAUAUGAUGUUUUAUGUAAUUUAUGAGCAGUGAAAGUUGGACUUUAGCACAAUAGCAGUAAGAGUUUAGAUUGGCUUGGAUUUGGAUGAGUUGAUGGGUGGAACAUCGGCCGCCGUCACCACCCUCCCUUUGUUGACUUAAUUGCAUGCAAUGCAAAUGCGCAACUACUAAAAGUUGAUGUUGAUGAAUUAUAAUGAAUGACUUUGUUCAUUUUUUGACUUCCA